UCUUGAAGCCUGACAAAGCUUUGUAUAUAUAUUCUUACACACACACACACACAUAUACAUAUAUAUAUAUAUAUAUACACACACAAAUAGGUGGUAGGUAAUACAAGGACCCAAAACAUAGCAAUUUCUUUUUCUUUCUUAUCUCUUGCAGUUUAGACUUGCACAAAGAGAGCAACCAGUUAUGUCUACUAUGAGAGAUGAUGAGUCAAUUUUGAAGCAAGAGGGAAACAUGAGAAAAGUGUCAACCAAAAAGGAAGUCAAUAAAGGAGCAUGGACAGCAGACGAAGAUAGAAUACUAGCUGAGGCUAUUGCAAUUCAUGGUGCUAAGAAGUGGAAGACAAUUGCAGCAAAAUCAGGUCUCAAUCGAUGUGGUAAGAGUUGCAGGCUAAGAUGGUUGAAUUAUCUUAGACCAAACAUUAAGAGAGGGAAUAUUUCUGACCAAGAAGAGGAUUUGAUCCUUAGGCUUCACAAGCUUCUAGGAAACAGGUGGUCUUUGAUAGCUGGAAGAUUGCCAGGUCGAACAGAUAAUGAAAUUAAGAACUACUGGAAUUCUCAUUUGAGCAAGAAAAUCAAGCAGCAAAAAGAGAAACAAAGUAGUACUAUUGGUUCAACAAGAAAAAGCUCAAGAUCAGAUCAGAAAAUAAGUAAUGUCGUGCAGAAUAAACAAGAGGGAACAGCCAAAAAAGAAGGAGAUGAUCAUUCAAAUUCGACCAAUAACUUUGAUGUGGACGAAUUCUUUGAUUUCUCUAAUGAAGAGCCUCUGAAUUUGGAGUGGAUUAACAAAUUCCUUCAAGUAGAUGAAGGCUACAACUGAUAUAUAUUUUUACAUUAAUCUCUGCUUCAAGUACUGACUGAUCGAUCUCUUUAGUUUUUUUUCUUUUUCUUUUUUCUUUUUUUUCUCUUUUUUAUUUUUUGUUUUUUUGGUUCCAGUUUAAUUUUUUUUUUUUUUGCCUAGUGUGGCACGGCCCCCAGGCACCCCGCCCCCCAGGAUCGAACCCCGCACACAGCGGGGGUUCCAGUUUGGUUUUAUAUCCACUUCAGGGGAUGUAUGUAUAUGAUAUUUUUGUAUAAUAAUAAUAUAUAUAUGGAUUAAGUCGGCUAUCU